AUGCCCUGGGUUGCUUUAGGAGACUUUAACGAAGCUGCUACUAGUUGGGAGAAAUUAGGGGGUAGUGCUGCUUCGGCUAAACAUAUGUCUCUGUUCAAUCGAAUGUUGGAUGAAUGUGCCCUCCUAGACUUGGGCUUUACGGGACCACGAUUUACAUGGUCUAAUCUUUGGGAUUUCGAUGAUUUAAUCCAAGAGAGGCUCGACCGGGUUCUCACUAAUGUCUCUUGGAAGCUUCAAUUCCCGGAGGCAGUGGUUACUCAUCUCCCCAAAUCUCAUUCGGAUCAUUGCCCCAUUCUUCUAUCACUAAAUCCGAGAAGUAUUCCUAGACUAUCGAGGAGCUUCCGGUUCGAAUCAAUCUGGUUUUCUCAUGGCGAAUUCAAGGGGAUGGUUUCACAUUCCUGGGAGGAGGCCCAGUUUGAUCACAUAAAGGCUGUUUUGGUUUUCCAAGGCAAUGUUUCUAAGUAG